AUGAAAAAACUCUACAAUGAAAGUGAAGGAAAGCUGGAAAAUGAGGGAAAGUGAGAAGAUGAAGGAAAGUCAGAUGAGGAAGAAAAGCCAGAAGUGGAGGGGAAGCCAAGGCACAAGGGGAAGUGCCAGGAUGAGGGACAGCCAGAUGAUGAAGGGAAACGAGAAAAGCAGGACAAGUCUGAAGGUGAGAGAAAAGCAUACAGGGAGGGCAAGCCAGAAUCACAAGCAAAGCCAGAGAGCCAGCCAUGGGCUAUUGAAAAGUACCCAGCUGAAGAUUACGUGCCCCAGGAAGCAAAGCAAAAAACAGACAGGGGAAUGGAUGAUUCUCCCAAGGACUAUCAAGAGGACUUACAAGAAAGGCAUUCAGGUAGUGAGGAGAUGAUGAUAGAAUGUGGAGAUGUGUCAAGGGCUCAGGGAGAGCCAAGAAAAAAACCCCAGAAAAUAAGUGGUUUUCAUUGAAUGCAAAGAGAUGUACAGGAUCCAUUUUCUCAAGGGGCUAAUGGGGUGUUAGGGGAGUGA